CUGCAAAUAACCACUGGGGUUCUGUGACAACCACCAGAAGAUCUGUUACAGACCACUGAGGGCUGACCUGCAGCUUCACUUCUCUCACCAGUAACAGGCUUAUGCGCCUUCUUGACUGCUGCGUUCCUCCAAAAGGAACGUCGCCUGGCAUUACCGUCCCAACACAUAAGCUGCUUUGGAGAAAAUGGCUUCUCAUUUACACCUGCUUCUGGGAUUGGCUCUCCUUCUAAAUUCACAGUACUCAUUUGGACAGGAAUGCCCCAAUGCUCAGAUGGCCACCAACUGUGAGAAUUGUAUCCAAUUGGGCCCUGGAUGUGCCUGGUGCAAAUACAAGUAUUUUGAAGAUCACAAAGCUCUGCGCUGUGGCACACGGAUGAGUCUGCGGGAGAGCGGCUGCUCAGAGAAGGACAUCGUAGACCCAGAGAGUCAGCAUACAGUUGCUGAGGAGGGGGAGAGUCUGAGCCCACAGAGGAUCAAACUGGAUCUAAGGCCUGGGAAAGCACACACGUUUCAAGUCCAGGCGAAGCUGCGAAAGAAGCUGAAGCCAGUGGAUGUGUAUGUUCUUACAUCCUUCUACACAAACAACAAAGGCAAAGGAAACAGGGCAAAAGCCCUUGCAGAAACAGCCAGUGAAGGCAUAAGGAAUCACAACAGAGAAGCCGAAGUAUCCACCAUAGGUUAUGGCCUGUUUGGGAGCACGAUUGUCACUGACAAAAAGCAGAAAGAAUGCGAGGAGACUGGCCAAGUCUGCGAACCAGAACUCUUUGUCACUCACUCUUCAACAGCCCCGGAAAACCCAUUCAACCCAUACUUCCGGUGGCGUACAGAAGGAGGGUUACACGCUCUCAUGCAGUUGGUCCUGUGCAGGGAUGUGAUUAAUUGGGGACGGAAUGACCGCAUUGUUAUAUACGCUGCUGAUGGGAACUAUAAGCUGGCACCAGAGACAAGUGAAACCGAGAUAAUCAACAGCAGCAUAUGUCAAAUGAACAACAGCCGCAUCCAGACCAAAAUUAGACCUCCAUCUCUGUCUGAGUUGCGAAAAGUCCUGUUCGAAAACAACAUUCAAGUCAUCUUUGCUGCGCUACGCUACGACCUGCUUGAUGAGUAUGCGGGGCUAGCUUCUAAACUGCCGAAGGCCGGUGUUGCCUUUGUGGAUAUUUCGGACCCCAACUAUCCCCCUUUUGAAAGUGCCUUCGAUAGAUUAAGGACCGAUUUGGUGCUCACCCACCUGCCUGUGCCAGGACUGAACAUCACAUAUGAGCCACUAUGUGACUCAAGAAGAGGUGAUUAUCUCCAAGGAACAUGCUACCUUAGGAACAGAGACAGAAGGAAGAGUCAGACCUUCAAUGUGACGGUAUCAUCUGAGUCCUGUCUGCUGCCUGCAUCCUUUGAGAUCAAGAACAUGAAUACCCGAGACAGCCUUACUGUGGAGCUGACUCCUCGCUGUAACUGUGAAUGUGGUGACCAGCCCGAUCCUGACUUCUGCAGCAAUGCUGGGAAUCCAGUUUGUGGCAAAUGCAGGUGUGAUAAAGACUACUUUGGCGCGUCCUGUGAGUGCUCGAUUUCUGAUGGCGAUGGACCCUGUAGAGAGAAGGAGGGCGGACCUGUGUGUUCAGGUCGAGGUACCUGUGUGUGCGGGAACUGUGAAUGCCACAGAGCACUGGGAACGACUUCCUACAGGAGGUUCUGUGAAUGUGAUGACUACAGCUGUAACUGGUUCGAAGGCAAAAUCUGUGCAGGCAAUGGGAAGUGUGUGUGUGGACGAUGCAUGUGUGACGAGGACUAUGUCGGUGAUGCAUGUGAAUGCUCCAUGAAGGUGGAUGGCUGCCAGAGUCCUGAUGGAAGGCUCUGCAGUGGCCAUGGUAUCUGUGAAUGCAACCUGUGUCGGUGUGAGUCAAUGUACAAAGGAGCUCACUGCAAUCUCUGCCCCAUCUGCUAGGACAGCCAACACAAAUAUAGAGGCCCAGUGGUAGUGGUGGGAACUGCAAGCAGAACACGAGCAAGAGAGGGCAAGUUGAGGACCAGUGUACAACAACACAUAAUCUGGAUGACAUUUUGUUGCUAGAAGAAUGGGGGACGACAAGAUAACUUCCUCCGACCAUAAAUAAAGUCUAUAUUUGCAAAA